ACCGGCUGCACCCCGAAUCCCUCUCCGGUCCGGAGCCGGGAGGGACCCGCACCCCGAGCCGGCUGCAUCCCGAGCCGGGAGGGACCCGCACCCCGAGCUAGCUGCACCCCGAGCCGGGAGGAACCCGCAUUCCGCUCCGCUCCCGAGCCGGUAAGGAGCUGCAUCCCGCUCCGCUCCUGAACCGGGAGGGACCCGCAUCCCGACACGGUCCUGAACCCGGAGGGACCUGUAUCCCGAACCGGGAGGGACCCGCAUCCCGAACCGGGAGGGACCCGCAUCGCCCUCGGUCCUGAACCAGGAAGGGCCCGCAUCCCGCUCCGAACCCGAUCCGGGAGGGACCUGCAUCCCGAACCGGCUGCACCCAAACCGGGAGGGACCGACAUCCUGCUCUGGUCCCAAACUGGGAAGGACCCGCAUCCCUCUCUGGUCCUGAACAGGGAAGGAUCUGCAUCCCGAACUGACUGCACCCUGCAUUGGGAGGAAUCUGCACCCCAAUGCAGCUGCAAGCAAAUUCAGAGGGACCCGUGCCCUGAACUAGCUGUGCACCCCAGUCCAGCUGUGCCUGAACUGGGAGGGACCUGUGCCCCAAACUAGUGGUGUGCCUUGACAUGGCUGGGCACCCUGCUCCAGCUGCCCCCAGAGACAGGAGGGACUUGCACCUCAAACCAGCCAUGCACCCCAAACCGACUGUACCCUGAACCAACCAUGCACCCCAAAAUGGCUGCACCCUGAACCAGGAGGGACCUGCACCCCAAACUAGCUCUGUGCCCCAAACUUCUUGUACCCUGAUCCUACUGCGCCCUAACCAGGAGGGACCCGAACCCCAAAGCGUCCGUGUGCCUGCUCUGUCUCCAUUGUGGUGCGAUGGAUAACGCUCUGCCGCUGGAAGCGGAGCUGGAGCACCAGUGGCUACUCAACACCUCCCUGAAUGAGUCCCUUCCGAACCAGUUUGUGCAGCCCCCGUGGCAGGUGGCCCUGUGGGCUGUCGCCUAUGCCCUCAUCGUGGUGGUGUCGGUGGUGGGGAACGUGGUGGUGAUGUGGAUCAUCCUGGCUCACAAGAGGAUGCGCACCGUCACCAACUACUUCUUGGUGAACCUGGCUUUUGCCGAAGCCUCCAUGUCUGCCUUCAACACGGUGGUGAACUUCACUUACGCCAUCCACAACGAGUGGUACUACGGGCUGCUCUACUGCAAGUUUCACAACUUCUUCCCCAUCGCUGCUGUCUUCGCCAGCAUCUACUCCAUGACAGCCAUUGCCCUGGACAGGUACAUGGCUAUCAUCCACCCGCUGCAACCUCGGCUCUCGGCCACCGCCACCAAGGUGGUCAUUGGUGUUAUCUGGCUCCUGGCUUUCCUGCUGGCUUUCCCCCAGGGUUACUACUCGGUGAUGGAGAAGCUGCCAGGGCGGCUGGUGUGUCUGGUGGAGUGGCCAGAGCACAGCACUAAAGCGUACGGAAAAAUGUAUCACUUCUGCAUGACCAUCCUGAUCUACUUCUUGCCACUUCUGGUGAUAGGAUGUGCCUAUACUGUAGUUGGCAUCACCCUCUGGGUGAGCGAGAUACCCGGUGACAACUCCGACCGCUACCAUGAGCAGGUCUCAGCAAAGCGGAAGGUAGUGAAGAUGAUGAUCAUCGUGGUAUGCACAUUCGCGCUGUGCUGGCUGCCCUACCACAUCUACUUCACCCUGCAGUAUUUCAACCCCGAGUGGUAUCUGCAGAAGUUCAUCCAGCAAGUUUACCUGGCUAUCAUGUGGCUGGCCAUGAGCUCCACCAUGUACAACCCCAUCAUCUACUGCUGCCUCAAUGACAGGUUCCGCGUGGGGUUCAAACAUGCAUUUCGGUGGUGCCCAUUGGUCAGUGCCGGUGAGUAUGAGGGCCUGGAAAUGAAGUCAGCCCGGUACCUGCAGACACAGAGCAGCAUGUAUAAGGUCAGCCGGAUAGAGACCACUGUGUCCUCAGCAGUUGGCAUGGCCGAAGAGGAGCUGGAGGAGAGCAGCAAGGCCAAGCGUCUCUCCGUAGACAUGACCUCCAACGGCUCCUCCCGCAGUGACUCCAAAACAGUCUCCGAAAGCUUCAGCUUCUACUCCAACACACUCACCUAAGUGGCUCCCCGGCUCUGCCAGCCGCUCACAAGAAUGCCACCAUGCCCCCUGCCUCACUGGGAUGCUCAAUCCACCCUGCGUCAUCACCCCGGUUUGUGAUGUGCCGGCUUUUUUCUGUGCUGUUUUACUGUCUCUUGCUGUGCUGCUCGCUAUCCUUGCGCGAGCCCAAGAGCAAAAGCUUUGUAUUAGUUUCAUGCGCUCCACCAUGGCUUGUGCCCAAACGCAAGGGAGGUUUGGCUGGCCUCCGCAUUGCUCGCUGCCUGUCCAACCUACCACAUACUGUGCAGGUGGAUAGGAUGCAAAAAUGGGACAGAGCUGGGUUUUUUCUCCUAAACCAUAAGUGCAACGUUCGCAGGCGCUUCCCUGUUCUCUGCAAAGCAGCAGGGAUCUUCCAGUGCAUCCUGCCCCACAGGAAAAUGAACCAGUCUUGCACUUUCCUCCUCCCACCUUUAAUUUCAUUCUCCCUGUCACUCUCAGUUGAAUAUCCAGAAGGAUAUUCAAUUAAAAAACCCAGUUAAAAAAAAAAAAAGCUAUUUUCAAUUUUGGGAGCCUGUACAUCCCCAGGACACCACCGGCACCAACUCAGAUCCAGACAUUUCUGCACGGUCCCAACUCAUCUCUGGCACCCGCAUCCCUCUGCACGACGGUCUUUUGUUGCCACUCCACAACACAGCUCAUCCAAACACGGCUCUUGAAAAAGGAUUUCUGAACUAAGCCAGACUUUGGUUGCUGUUAAUAAACCAUAUGUGCCAAAAGCAAUCACUGUGAUUUCCUAAAAGGCCCAAGCUGAUGUCUCUUGGAUAGAUUUUGGAGGCAUGUGGAGGUCUGGAGAAGAAGAGACUGACUGUACCAAAAUGUUUUUCAUACCCUGGAAAUAUCUACAGCUGCACAGAAAGGGGCAUGGUAGGAUUCCAUCAGAAAAGCAAAGUUUUGCCAACAUACAAGGUUUGAAGGGAGACAGGGAUUUUGCAGACAUUUUUUACUCAGAGGAGGGUUGAAAUUAUUUACUUCCACUUUCUGGAUUUUGUUUUAAUUAGGGAAACUUUUUCCUUUUCAUCCCCCCAUCUUUUGCAUAAAACAUUAAGUUUAUGAUGUGUACAUGGAUAUAUCUAUUUUAAUCCUGUUAUGAUGGAUAAUUUUCACUGGGGCUGUUCAUAUUAAGGACUCCUUUGGUCAGCAAAUGUAUGAACAUACACUCAAAGGGGGAAAAAAGUAAAUAAAAUGAGAAGUGGGGAAACUUGGCUUGUCGGAAACAAACCCACAAGUUGGGGGCAAUUUUGGGGCAGUUGUAUCGACUGCUCCUUGCUGCUGGUCCAAUCUCUCACUUUUGGUGUAGAAAUCAGACUCCUAAAAUGGAUUCACUGCAAGAUAGAGAAACGCUGGAGAUGCAUGACAGAUUUUCACAGGGCAAGGAAACCGCUCAUUUAUUUUAAAGCAUCUGAACAUCAGACCCCACUGGGCACUCAGCAAUUUCUGCAAGUAAAGCAGAGAUGAUUUUUGGAGCUUUUCAACUCUUCAGCCUCCAAACUGGCUGUUGGAAAAUCCAGUCAUUAAUAAAUCUCCAGCCACGAUGGUUCUUGGAGAUAAAAAUAUAAAUAUUUAAGCAGUGACUCCAGCAGAAAUUAAAUGAACGGGCAAAUAGAUGGAUCCAAGAGCAACAAAAUGGCUGCAAAACUGGAUUGACAAUAAUGAUUAUCUUCAUUUUUACCCAAAAUCCUGCCAAGUGCCAUCAGUGAUGAGCAGCUCUUCCAGCCACUUCUACCUUCUUCCCGACUGCUGUGACUAUGUGACAUUAAACUACCAUGUGCUUCACGCACAUGCUGGAAUACAAUUUUUUUUUUCCCUGCUUAAACUUCUAUUUUUCACCAUUCUUGUCGCCUUAAGACAUACUCCCUUGCCGCUGCUUCCCAUGACCCUGCAGCAUGGAGAAGGGGCCAUGGUAUGAGCCUGCCUGGGGAUUUGGUUUUGCAAAAAACCACCAGCCCCCAGGCAGCAGCAACUGAAGGGAUGGGCGAUGCCAAGGGUUUUAACAGGAAACUUUUCCCACCAACUCCACAGGAGCUGUGCUGCCAAUACACGAGAAGGUGCUACAAAUCAGAGCCAAAUUCUGAUUUACUCCCAGCUGCCAACCCAAAUUGAAAA